AUGAUGUAAAAGACUCCCCCGUCUGUGGCGGCGGCUGGUUGAUGGGUCCGGAAAUCUCUUGAAGGUGAAUCCAAGCAAGAUAAACGGUGCGGAGAGGAGGCGCGGGGCUGGGCUCAGAGCGGCGGCGGCAGCGGCGGCGGCUCCACUCCCUCCGCGCCCACCCUCCCACCAUGCGGGGCCGCGGCCCAUGGUGAGCCCCAGCAGCCAGCACCAUCGGCUGGAGACGAAGAAGAAGAAGAAGAGGAGGCGGCGAGCGCGGGGGAAGGCGAAAAAGAAAAAGAAGGGGAGAGGACCGCCAGCAGCACCGGGACCGACGCGCGCACCAGCCCCGGAGCCCGGCUCGGGCGCGUCUGCGGCGCCGCCCGACUCCCGAGCCGAGGCGGCGGCGGCCGGCGGGGCGGGCCGGGGCUGCGCGCCGGCGCCGGACGAUGGAGCGCGGGCUGCACCUCGGCGCGGCCGCCGCGGGCGAAGACGACCUUUUCCUGCACAAGAGUCUGAGCGCCUCCACCGCCAAGCGCUUGGAGGCGGCUUUCCGCUCCACGCCCCCGGGCAUGGACCUGUCCCUGCCGCCGCCGCCCCGGGAGCGCCCGGCGUCGUCCUCCUCGUCGCCCCUGGGCUGCUUCGAGCCGGCUGACCCCGAGGGGGCAGGGCUGCUGCUGCCGCCGCCUGGGGGAGGCGGCGGCGGCGGCGGCGGCGGCGGCGGGGUGGGCGUCCCCGGGCUGCUCGUGGGCUCUGCCGGCGUGGGGGGCGACCCUAGCCUGAGCAGCCUGCCGGCUGGGGCCGCCCUGUGCCUCAAAUACGGCGAGAGCGCGAGCCGGGGCUCGGUGGCCGAGAGCAGCGGCGGCGAGCAGAGCCCCGACGACGACAGCGACGGCCGCUGCGAGCUGGUGCUGCGGGCAGGAGGGGCCGACCCGCGGGCCUCCCCGGGCGCGGGAGGUGGCGGCGCCAAGGCGGCCGAGGGCUGCUCCAACGCCCACCUCCACGGCGGCGCCGGCGCCCCCCCGGGGGUUCCUGGCGGCGGCAGCGGCGGGGGUAGCAGCAGCGGGGGCGGCGGGGGCGGCGGCAGCAGCAGCAAGAAAUCCAAAGAGCAAAAGGCGCUGCGGCUCAACAUCAACGCCCGGGAGCGCCGGCGGAUGCACGACCUGAACGACGCGCUGGACGAGCUGCGCGCGGUGAUCCCUUACGCGCACAGCCCCUCGGUGCGGAAGCUCUCCAAGAUCGCCACGCUGCUGCUCGCCAAGAACUACAUCCUCAUGCAGGCGCAGGCCCUGGAGGAGAUGCGGCGCCUAGUCGCCUACCUCAACCAGGGCCAGGCCAUCUCGGCCGCCUCGCUGCCAAGCUCCGCGGCCGCGGCGGCGGCGGCCGCUGCCCUGCACCCGGCGCUUGGCGCCUACGAGCAGGCUGCCGGCUACCCGUUCAGCGCCGGGCUGCCCCCGGCCGCCUCCUGCCCGGAGAAGUGCGCCCUGUUCAACAGCGUCUCCUCCAGCCUCUGCAAACAGUGCACGGAGAAGCCUUAA